UUCUCCUUCUUCUUCGUCUUUCUUCCUCUCCUCCUCCUCCUCCUCCUUUCACUUUUGGAUGAAGCAAACUUCUGGAUGGGGCCUUCAGCCAUAGAAACCUUUGGGGUCGGGGUCGUGUAGGAGCGCCUUCUGAAAACAGAGCUGGCCAGGAAUUCCCCCUUCCCCACCAAAGACGAGAGCGAGGGACGGGAAGCAUCGCCCGCCCGCCCGCUCGCCCGCCCCAAAGGUUUGGAGCUGCUGGAUAGCCAAGAAGGAGAAACUCGAGGCACGGAAAGCGAUGCAGGUGCGGUGGAAGAGCGAGGAAUUCGACGCCCCAGUGGGAUUCUAACAGCAAGGUCCUUGCGCUGAAUUUGGCCAGUGGCUCCCCCUGUUGCCUAGGAUGAGUAACUGCAGCAGUCGCGCCCUGACCCUGCUGUCUAGUGUUUUCGGAGCGUGUGGAUUGCUCCUAGUGGGCAUAGCUGUCAGUACUGACUACUGGCUAUUCAUGGAAGAAGGGAUUGUGUUUCCACAAAACCAGACCACCGAAAUAGUCAUGGCGCUCCAUGCUGGCCUUUGGAGGGUCUGCUUCUUUGCAGGUCAGAAAAAAGGCAGCUGCGUGGCUUCUGAAUACUUCUUAGAGCCAAGGCCUGACCCUGACCCGGAAGGCCCCCUCGUUACAGAGAACACGGAAAACAUUCUCAAGACCAUCCGCACAGCCACCCCUUUUCCGAUGGUCAGCCUGUUCCUCGUCUUCACAGCGUUUGUCAUUAGCAACAUUGGACAUAUCCGCCCCCAGAGGACCAUCCUGGCUUUUGUUUCUGGAAUCUUCUUCAUCCUUUCUGGCCUCUCGCUGGUGGUGGGCUUGGUUCUCUACAUCUCUAGCAUCAAUGAUGAAGUGAUGAACCGUCCCAGCGGCUCUGAGCAGUACUUCCAGUAUCGCUAUGGGUGGUCCUUCGCCUUUGCUGCUUCUUCCUUCUUGCUGAAAGAGGGUGCAGGCGUGAUGUCUGUCUACCUUUUCACCAAACGCUACGCGGAAGAGGAAAUGUACCGCCCACACCCAGCCUUCUACCGCCCACGCCUGAGCGACUGUUCUGACUACUCAGGCCAGUUCUUGCACCCCGAGGUGUGGCACCGUGGACGCAGCCCUUCUGACAUUUCCAGCGAUGUUUCCAUCCAGAUGACUCAGAACUACCCACCAGCCAUCAAGUACCCUGAACAUAUGCACAUAUCCACCUCGCCUUGCUAGACGAGCCAGAGAACAUGCUGGACCAAGAGGCCAGCCUUUGCUUGCAGACUAUACUCUCCGGUCCGUACCUGCCUAGGAGACUCCUUUACCAGUGGGGAUCAUCUUUCCCUCUCUGAAGGCUCCUUACCACCUGCUCUGCUAGAGACAUCUCCCUUUUCCCACUCCCUCUUUCUCUGUCUUUCUCUCUUCCGCUGGUGGGAAUUAUUCAAGCAACUUCUAAGAUUGGUGAUGCCCCUCCCUCCAGGCUCCUGCUUGGAAGCAGUCCUAAUUUCCUUGUCUCCACUGGGAAACCUUGCCACCAAAUGGGAAAUCCCAACUCAAGUAUUCAAUCACAUGUGCCCUGCUCAUCUUCCAGCCAGCAGGGGAAAUUCCCAAUUCAUUUACGCUGCCUCAGAAUACCUCUCCUUUCACUCAGGGGGUUGGAAACCCUAGAAGGAAGUGGCUCAUCUAGCAUGUUCCUCUCAACCUUCUCCCCAAAGAAGCUUUGACAGGAAGUAGGUUCAAAAAGCAUCUGCACCAUUCAGAUCUUAAAAGGAAGGAGCCCUGCAGCCAUUUUUUUUCAAACAUUCUUGACAAUGAGAUGUUUUCUUGCCAACAUCAUCUUCUGUCCAAACAAUGAAAGAAUAAUAACCUUGACAGAAGAUAAUGAGUUUAAUAUUGUCAUUGUUUUCUCACUGUAAAUGACAUCCUCUUACCACUCCCAAAAGAAGGCCAUAAUUCGUCAGGUGAAUUCACUUGAAAACAAUUAUCUAAAAACAGUUUCUUGGGCAAUGACAGGAAAUAUUAGGCUAUCAUCUUGAUCUAACAAAAAAUGCCCAGUAAAAUGAAGCAUCUUAGUCUCCAUUUUGUUUUUCAUCGUUCUAGUUUGUGUUAUAGCUCAUAGACUGUUUCUGUGUUCAUUUGUCUCAAGACACCUGCUCUGUCAGAAAGGGUUUCUUCAGUUUAUUCCUAUCAGUAUCUCAAUCUUUUAAUCAAAUUCUAGCAUGAAACUGUUCCCUUGACAUUUUUUCUGUGUCCAGAUGUCCCUGACAGGAAAUGAUUAGACCACCAUUUUUUAAAAAAAUCACAAAUGACCAAUUCUGACAUUUUCUGUAUGUUUUCUGUUAUCGCCUGAGAGUUUCCAAUAAAGCCCAAAAACACUAAGGGCUGCACCACCCUGGGGUGGCUAAAAUACGGCUGCUUCUUGCCAGGAAAUUAUCAUGUUUUUGUUCUGGUGAUAUAAGAAAAUGACCUAACAUCUGAAAUUGCUCCCAAAGCCUCACACCAUCUGCCUUUUACUGCCUCUACAUCCUGUCUCAACCACCUUCUUUGUUUUCUACAAGAUGUGGAGAGAAAUCCACUGUACUAUUUGAAGAGACAUUUUUAUUUGUGCCCCCGCAAGUGAAAGAGACAACUGAAACCUAUUUACAGAGGGGUGAGGAAAUAACUUAUGUCUUCCAGCCGUCAAUGCCUCAAAUAUUCCUGCCCCACCAUUAAGUUGUCCACCAGCCCGUGUCACGGCCGUCAUGUGGCACCAAUGGAAACUCUUAAGAGACUCAAAACUCUGUUUCAAGCAUGCUUCCUCUAGUGAUGAUGCCAUUUGGGGUCUUCAAGGCUAAGACUAAAACAGGGAGAAAGGAGGGGAGGAGAGACAGAGAAAGGAAAUGAUCCAGCUACAAAGCCUGUUACACUGAGGAGCAGAUUUUGACUCCCUCUUUCUUUUCUUUUCUUCCCCAGUCAUAUCUUUCUCACUCUUGGUGUUCCUAUGCCUUCCUUUGUUUCAAAACUUUUCAAAGACUUGCUCAUUCUGCUGCAGUUUCUUCUCAACUUUACCUCUCUUUUUUUCUUCCUUCCCUAUCCUCCCUCUCAUUAAAAAAAUCACUUGUUUUUCAUUUGUCUGUUUCCCCAUUGUUUGUAAUUUGCAACAUCAUCUUCUUGUGCUUUCGGCAUUAUUUUAUUGUUAGUCCACACUGCUGUAAGGAUUCAGUAUGUACAAUUUUCUGGUUUUCUUUCCCCCCUCCUUCUUCCUUUUCUCCCUCCCAACCCUGAUCUCACUGAAUUUCUUUUAACAGUUCUUUGUUUCAAAUGUAGACAUUUAUUUCUGUUUUUCUUUUCUGAGAAACCAUUUCCUUUGGAAUCCUUGCCUGCCCACCCCUCUCUACAUUACUCAACAACUCCUUUACAAUUCCAGUUUUUUAUAUAGAUAUUCUGUUGUUCACAUAAGGAUUCAAAACAGAAGGAUGAAGGAGAUUUUGAGAAAUAUGCAACCCCCCCAAAAAAAAUAUCAAUAGGGAAACUGGACAGAGAGAAUAUAGGGGGAAAAAAGAAGAGGAAUAAAAGGUAAACAGUUGUAAAUUAUACACAGUGGAUAUAUCAUGGGCACAGAAGGGGAUGCGAUAUUGAAAGGGGGCUGAGUGGAUAUGGCUUGUUUCCAGAAUACACUCACAUUAUUUUAGCCUCACAAGUUAUUAUUAAUAACAAUAAUCAAGAUGAAGAACAGCAACAGUAUCUCUUUUCCCACUUCUCAUUUCAGCCAGAGCAAAUGGCAGGACUUCGUUACCUAAUUGAUAUUCUCCCACCCACAUCCUCUUUUUUUUUUCCUGUACUAGCAAAUCAAAUAAAGGGGGGAUUUUCUCUCUCUCUUUUAUUCUAAGUAAUAAUUCAAGCCUGGCACUGCUGUUCGGGUGAGGACAUAUUCAAGGGUUAAACAGAAGUGGAUUGCAUUGUCCUUGCAACCUAUAUAGCCUCUUAAUGAAAGUGAUGAUGGGGAAAGAGCCCCAUGCCUUGGCCCCCCUAUUCUUUUUCUCAAUUUGAGGCUUGCUGGAUUGGUACUCAUUGCAUCAGAAUCCCCCCUGGUUUGCUGGAAACCGUCUAUCACUGUGUGGAAUAUCUUAUGCGGAGGCAGUAGAAAAUGAAGGGGGAGAGAAGGCAGGAAGGACUUUUGAAGGAUAAGGAGCAGAUGCCUGCAAUUGCUCUCAUGCCGGGGCUAUGAAAAGGGAUGAAAAGAAAAGAUACUGCUGAAUCAGCUUUCAACCAAAAAAAAAAGUUCUGAUUUUCUUUUUCCGCAUGUCUCUCCACUCUCUGCUGAGUCAGUGCCAGCUGCAGCUAAGUUCACCUUCAUGCAUUGCUUUGCAGAGUGGAACCCAGAAGCAGACCAGUUUUGUAUGUGUGUGUAUGUGUGAUUUUCCUUUAUCUUCAUCAAACACUCUUGCUGCAACAUUGCUGUUUGCCAUCACUCUACCACCACCACCACCACUACUGUCACGGUCACCAUCACCAUCUGUUUCCUCUUUAAAGCAAGAAAAGGUAAACAGAUUAUCACCUACUGUAAAAGAAUGCUCGUGUUUUUAAAGAGGAGUCCUUUCAGAGAGCUACAUACUGUACUUGCAUAAUGAAAAUCAUAGAUGAGGCAUCUUGAACUAGAAGUCCCCACAGAAAUUAUAAAACAGAAUUUUCUUCUAUAGAGUGCUGUGGGUCUUACUGAAGCACUAUGGCAUUCCUACAAAUGAAUCUUUC